ACUUAGCCCACACGAGAGCUAAAGCUUGUUGAGUGUGGUUGGAGGUUAGAGUGAAGUCAUGGAUUCUGUAGUCCUCCAGCUGUGUGCCGUCCUCUCUCUCUUGGUUCACCUUGCCUCUUGCAGUCCCAUCCUGAGCCUGGAGCACUCUUCCAUGGAGGAAGGCAUUCCUCUUUUCGACGAGGUCCUCUCCGAGCAGGAUGGUGUUGAUUUCAACACGCUGCUUCAGAAUAUGAAAAAUGAGUUCCUGAAGACGUUGAACCUCUCUGACAUUCCCCUGCACGAAACAGCCAAGGUGGACCCACCAGAGUACAUGCUAGAGCUGUACAACAAGUUUGCCACCGAUAGGACAUCUAUGCCAUCUGCAAAUAUUAUUAGGAGCUUCAAAAAUGAAGACUUGGCCUCCCACCCUAUUGGUGUUGUAGGAAUUCGGAAAUACCCUCUUCUAUUCAAUGUAUCCAUCCCUCACCAUGAAGAAAUCACCAUGGCGGAGCUGAGGCUCUACACCUUGGUGGAGCGGGACCGAAUGCUCUACGAUGGGCUUGACCGGAAGGUCACCAUUUUUGAAGUGCUGGGAAAUGACCACGUGGGAGUAGGAGAAGAGAGAAAGACAGUGGCGCUCGCAUCUAGGCAGAUCUAUGGCAAAAACAGCGAGUGGGAAACCUUCGAGGUCACCGAAGCCAUCAGGCGCUGGCGAACGGCAGGCCUGACCACACACCGGCUGGAAGUUCAUAUAGAGAGCAGGGAAGGGGAGGAGCAGAACGGAGAGGGGAAACUCGACAUCGACAUCAACUCUGAGGCCAAGCACGUGCCCCUGUUGAUUGUGUUCUCCGAUGACCAAAGCAAUGACAAGAAAGAGGAGAAGCAAGAACUGGAUGAAAUGAUAGACCAUGAGCAGCUCCUGGACUUGGAGAACCUGGAGGUUGGCAACUUCCACAACCGGCCAGGCGAGGAGGCACUGCUCCAGAUGCGCUCCAACAUCAUUUAUGACUCUACUGCCCGAAUCCGGAGGAAUGCGAAAGGCAACUACUGCAAAAAAACACCGCUCUACAUAGAUUUCAAGGAGAUUGGCUGGGAUUCCUGGAUCAUCGCCCCAGCAGGAUACGAAGCCUAUGAGUGCCACGGAGUGUGCGCCUACCCCUUAACAGAGCAUGUCACACCAACAAAACAUGCCAUUGUCCAGACUUUGGUUCACCUGAAGAAUCCCCAGAAAGCCUCAAAGGCCUGCUGCGUGCCCACCAAGCUCGAUCCCAUCUCUAUUCUCUACUUAGAUGCAGGGGUUGUCACCUACAAGUUCAAAUACGAGGGCAUGGUGGUAUCAGAGUGUGGCUGCAGAUAGUAGGAAUGCAUGCACAGGGGAGUGCACAGGGGAAGUAUUUAAUGAUUCAGUCUGUAAAUUUGUACAUUUUGGAUUUCCUAUUUAAUGAGGUUAUUUAAUGAGGCAUGUACAGAUAAUUGUAUGUUUCCUGUCACGGGGAAUGGGCAAGUCGUAUGACUGUAGGGAAUGUAUAUUUUGUUCCAUUGCUUGCUUCUUGCUCUUCUUUCUUGUCCAAAUUGUGACUGAGUCUCUCUUCAUAUCAGGGCACAGACCAGAUCACUGGAUUGUUUUCGGGGCUCUUCAUGCCAAAAAGGGGCAGAUUCAAAUUCAUAAAAAUAAGGCCACACACUCUUGUACUUUUUAAAUGUUAAUUGGCAUCUAGGUAUUUCCAGAGCUAUCAAAGCUAAGUGAAUUAUGAGUGAUGCAUACCUAGAUUGUUUAGCUGUUGCGUAGAAUCUAUCAAAAUCUUUACAUGCCCAGCUGCCUUUGAAAAAUGAUCUCUCUACAUCUUAAGUCCUGAUAAGUCUCAGGCUCCUAAAUCACUGAGGCACAACACAUUGUUAGGUUUUUUAUUUUAUUCUUUCUUUAAUCUUUCCCAGUCUUUCUUAAAGCUGUAAGACAUCCUGUCAGGGAUGUUUUGGCAUCCAGAGGGUAGAAGGGCUCUAUUUCCCUUCCCAUCUUGCGGUGGGCCCAUGAGCAAUGCCAGGCUUGUGCAGAGCUCUGACAGGCAAUGGCAAGAAAUGCCCCUCGUGCAUGCUUAUUGCAAAAGCACCCUGCAUAAAGCAGCACUGGAUUUGUCCUGUUAGCCAUGUGUUGUCUCUCAAGGCCCAGAGCUUUAGGUGGUGUAAAUCAGUGCAUUAACUCUCUCCAGUCCUUGAAACUGUGCCAGUUUGUACCAGCUAAGAAACUUGUUCGCCCAGCCAGUCCAGUAAGUUACGUACAAUACAUCUCUGUAAUCCAGCUCAAACGGCAAAGUAAUACUGCAUGUAGUCUGCAUAGAGCUAGACAGAAAAGGAAACCCCUUCGUGCCAGCUAGAUAGAGAGGAUCUUUCCUUUAUGUAUGUGCUCAAGUUGUCAAUUCAUGAAGAUAUUGCCCCCCCACUUAAACUAUAUAUGAUGGAGUCACAUGCCAUGUUUCCGCCACUCUUCUGCAACAAAUCAUGGUGAUAAGAAGGUGUCAGAGCUGAGAAACAAUAGACCCGUCACUUUAUUUAUACUAAGCUGCAAAUUUGUCAGAUUCUUGGGAAAGUGUAAGUGACAUUGACUCUUUUAGCCUGUAGCAGAGCCUACUGUACUGUCCCUGCAUUUGUUUUAACUUUUAAGGGAAAGUUAUCUUCACUGGAAGUGCUAAGGAUCUUUGAAAGAAUCCCUCUAGCACUUCAUGGGAAUGAACACAAAAGACUUUAUCAAGCACUAACUAAAGCCAGUUUCACCUGUUUUUCACACAUAUUCUUCUGUGCUUCCCAUAAUUUAUUGAUCUAUUUAUUGACCGCCUGCCUUUGUAAUAUAGUGUAGAAUACAGAAUGUUUUAUUUUUGUGCUUGUAUGUAAUCCCACUUGGAUAAAACCUUGCACCAAUCCUAUUUUACACAGAAUUUCUCUGUUGAGUUGUGCUGCACAGAGAUUGGGUUGUUGAUUUUUUUUUCCAUGCUAAAUGUUUGUAAAUACUGUAUACCACAGUUAUCUCUCUUGCUUACAACCUGUUCACUGCAGUGAUUUAAAUAGCAUUCUGGAACACACAUGGUCUUGUCCAAUAUUUAACUACUCUUGCAGGGCUAUCAUUUCUUUAAGUGGUCGGUUGUGUAGUUUAUUGUAGAGUUAUGCAGUCUCCACUCGGGCUGUGUGUUUCCAGAUAGCGGGCUGUGCCACGGGACUGUAUUGCUUUAUGCCUGCUAAGGAUCUUGCCCGUGAGUGACUGACACUGCUCACAGACCUU